AUGACUGACUCAAACCCGUUCGCGCAACAGGCAGGACCUGCUAAGAACCUUCCCAAGGGUCGCGGCAGAGGAAAGCAAGCUACACCUGCACCGCAAGACGGCAACUUCGCAAACAUGUCCCAGCCUCAAAAUACUGCUCCCCUCGGAACAGGAAAUGGUAAGUUACCUAUCAAAGCUCCCAUCCACUAAAUAUACCCAACCCACCAACUUCAUACAAUUCCACUAACACUUACUCGAAGCAUGGCCCGUCGGCAUGACUCCUCCCUCUUCACAAGUCCCCCAAAUAUUCAACACCUCUCCUAACACCCAAACACCCUACCAAGGUCAACAACAGGCCAUGGGUUCUACAUCUGGCUCCCGAAAACGCUCGGCCGACCAACUUCUCGACUCUCCUGUCACCAAGUCCCGUAAAACUGUAGCUGGAUCGUCGGCACCGGCAUCGGCACCGAGCAAUGGAUCGCAUCGAGUGAAUGAUGUGACUACCCCAGUACCAGUUGAAACCGGCCCUGGUGGUAUGCGAAAGGUAGGUGGGCUUUGGAUGCCUGCCCUUCCUGAACCUGAGCCGGCACCAAGUAGUGAUGUCGUGCAAAAGUCUGGACAGUCGACUACCUCUACGGCUACUGCUACAGCACUCGUACAACCAGCUCAUUCGAAUGCUCGAAAUGCGCCCAAGUCGGGUAGAUCGUCUGCAUCAACUGCUUCAGCAGCUAAACCAAGAGCGAGAAAAGCGCCUGCGAAAAAUUCGGCUGGUUUGAAUAUGCCAACUGCUCCUACAGCACAACCUAGCCGCUCGAAUAAUGGAAUGUCGCAAGCUGCUGGUGGUAUGGCUGGAUCAAGUCAACCACAGCAAUAUUCAAAUCAAAUGGCACCGCAGGCUCAGAUGGGACCGCAGGCUCAGAUGGCACCACCAGUUGGAGCACCUUACAACGACUACCUCAAGCACAGUAACAGAAUGUUCUCGCCAAAUCCUCAAGUCCAUGCUGCCCAAGGUCAAGGCUUUAGCGGGUACGACGGACAACCUAUCCAAGAUAGCCGAGCUACAGUUACUGUACCGUCGCUAUCACCUCCCCCUGACCAGACCUUCCCUGAGCCACAACACAUCGAGCACUAUUCCACCAUAUAUCUCACAUGUGCUGGCUGUGCAUUCGCCAAGCAGGACAACUCCCCCUUUUGGAUGUGCCAGGACUGCACACCAACCGCAGCAGCCCGACAAGCCCGACAACGCGAGUACCAAGCUAGGAAAGAAGCACUCCAGCGAGAGAAGAACCAGAGGAUGUUCCUGCAACACCACGCUGAUAAAGGCCGGGAUGACGUGAAUACAUUGCGUGACCAAUUCGCCAAUGCCGAAAAGGCUUUCAAGAAGCAACUCGCAGAGAAGGAUCAACGUAUCGCGGAGUUGGAGACCCAAUUUCACGAUACAAUGAAAUCCUACAAUGACCUGUACAACAGAUGUAAAUGGCAGCAACAAGUGAUUAUUAUGUCUAGUCAAAAAGAAAAUGUUGCACAGCAGGCGGGUGGGGACUUUGCUAUGUCUGGUGCGGAGACAGCUUCGACGCAGCAGCGUAUCCGAGCUGGUGUUGAUGCCAUUAUAAAGAAUGGUCAGAUGCCACGAGAUGGACAGGUUCCAAUGAACAGCCAAGUUCAUGCGAAUCAUCAAGUCCCGAUGAACAACCAACGUCACUCGAAUGGUCAACUUCCAUUGAACAACCAAGCCCAUUUCAAUGGUCAAAUUCCUUUGAACAAUCAAGCCCAUGGUCAAAUCCCAAUGAAGAACGAAGUUCAUUCGAAUAGUCAGAGCUCAUUACAUCCUGCUAUCCGCGCGAUGACCCCAAGUGGACAUUCCAUGAACUCCGCCAUGUCUCCAAACCCGAAUCUUAACGGCAUGGCAGGCAGUCAAAUGUCAUCGCCUCGUCCAACUCAACACGGACAGGCUAUUCUAGGCCUUCCAGGUGCUUUCAACCAAGGAAACAACAACCUGUACCCCCAGAACCAAGGUCUAUCUCCGCAUCCCAACCAAGGCACUUUUGCACCAAGCAAUGCUCGGGCUCCCAGACAAGCAACCGAUGCACACCGUAUGAACCAACAACAUCCCAUGAACCAACAGCACUCCAUGAACCAAGGACUGUCACCCGGUCGAAUGCACAGCCAACUCGGCAAUGAAGCUUCGAUGAACCAGAGACCCUCCCCCGGUCCAGGUAUGCAUGGAAAUAGAGCGACUCCUAGUCGAGCCAAUAAUGGAACUCCCGCGAAUCAGGGAAUGUCUCCUUCUCAAAUGCACGGUCGAGCCAACAAUGGUACGCCUGUGAACCAGGGAAUGCCUACUGCUCCAAUGCAUAGCCGAAGCAACAGUGGAACUCCUGCGAGCCAGGGAAUGUCUCCCGCUCAAAUGCCCGGACGAGCUAACAAUGGGACACCUGCGAGCCAGGGAAUGCCUACUGCUCAGAUGCAAGGUCGAGCCAACAAUGGAACACCUGUGAACCAGGGAAUGUCUCCUGCUCCAACGCACAGCCGAACCAGCAGCGGAACGCCUAGCAGCCAUACAGUUUCUCCAAAUGGCGGUGGAAAAAUGCAUGGUAAUGUUCAAGCUUCUGGUCGCACCAACAAUGGAUCAUCUCCUAUGAAUCAAGGAAUGUCCUCAGUUCAGGAUCCAAAUACACUCGCGAUGAGCCAAACCUGGAAUCCUCCCCAAAAUCACGGGUAUCAACAAAAUAGCCACGUUCGGAACACGAGCCAAGGUAGAAACGAGUUCAUGAUGAAUAACAACAUGCCUCCUCAGACACAAACCCAUAAUGGCUUCGCGGUGAACCACACCCCUGGAAGUGAUCUUAUGGCCAACAACAAUGGUCAAGGACAAGCAUCCAACAACGUCCCCAUGAACCAAAGUGCUGACACCGACUUCACGACGACCAACACCGACGCAGGAGAGUUCGACGCUGAUUUUGACGACGAUCCCCUCUUCAACCCCGCUCUUCUCGACGAUGACGACACCCUCCAGGUCCCGGGUGAAGACAUGGAUUGUCAUGCUGGGAAUUCGAGUGAGGGAUCUACGCAUGGUACGCCUUUCAUGGGUUCUGAGUAUCCUGAUCCAACAGGUAUUCAGGACCAGAUUUUGUAG